AUGAAACAAAAACGCGGCGUAUUACAAGAUAUCGAUAUGAAUAGUGGGUUGUCCAAUGGGUUUCAAUCUGGGUUGAGCCAAGAGAAUCUGUUGAAUGAAUUGGAACAUCAAAAGGCUUUGAACCGUCAAUUGGAGGAACAAUUGAAAUACACACAAUUACAACAAGAAGAAUUGAAAAAAGAAUUGGGCAGGUCUUCAUUCGACGUUCCCUUGAUCUCACCACCUUCCAACACGUAUUAUAAUGGAUCACCUUCACGUAGAAAUAAACUUGUACAUAAAUAUAUCACACCGUUGAUUAAUGAUUAUGAAAAUGGGGAGGCGAAUAUGCUGGGGAAUAAUAAAGGAUUGGACAUUUUCGAGACGAACACGGAACUAACUGCCGAUAUCGAAGCAGCAGCAGACGCAGAGGCAGACGCAGAUGCGUCUGCCUCUGCGUCUGCCUCUGCUGCUGCCUCCGCCUCCGCUAGUGUAUCUGCGUCUGCGUCUGCGUCUGCAUUUGCUUACCUGUUUAAUGAAUUCGAUACACUCCCCAGCUCCCCAAUGAAACUAGAGGAAAACAUCCCCUACACCCCUCGUAGUGAAGCCAUGACACCUCUCAUUUCACCAGAACGGUCGAAUUUCGAAUCGAAUUUCGAACCGAAUUUCGAACCAGCAAUGGGGCUUGGCCUUCACACGACUCAAGGCAAACAAUUCAUAUUGAAACCCCCACCAUUGGACUUGUUACCAACAAUCCCGGGCUCCAAAGAAAACACACCCUUCAAAACACCUUUCCCCUUCGACCUGUUUGAAACAAGCUUGGGCGAUCUCCAUACACCUUCCAAGAACGAUCAUAAUCCAAAUGACAAUGAACUUAUAAACGAUAACGAAUUAACAACAAACAAUGAACUUACAUACGAUUUCACCACCACAACACACAACGCAUCAGCAUCACACAAUGCAACACACAACCCACCAACAUUACGUCACCCUUCAACCACUACUGCAUCAGAUGAACCAGAAAGUCUUUUCAUCCUAUCUGGUACACCAUCGCCAGUCUUGAAAUCACAGGGUCCAACUCUCGAUCCAAACACUCUCGCCAGAAACAGACUACGCCGCCGUGCACCACCAAAUAGCCCCCGCCACUCCCACAUUCCCAAGCCCACACCCCACGUGACCGGCAUUCCCGGAACUGGAGGCAACAGUCCCUCACGUGCCUCUCGCAAACUUUCAACUUUGCCACAAGGAGCCAUCGAUCAAUACGUCCGUGAGAUCCCAGACAGAUUGUUUGAAUGCAUCUAUCCUGGAUGCCACAAGAUCUUCAAGAGACGGUACAAUAUCAGAUCGCAUAUCCAGACACAUCUAGAAGACAGACCGUAUGUAUGCGAUCAUGAAGGCUGUACAAAGGCGUUUGUAAGGAACCAUGAUCUUUUGCGUCACAAGAAGACGCAUGCAGAAAAAACUCAUGUUUGCCCUUGUGGGAAGCGGUUCAAUAGAGAAGAUGCCUUGAUAGUGCACCGUAGUAGAAUGAUCUGUGAUGGUGGUAAAAGAUAUGCCAAUGUGGUGAUAAAGAGGUCUCCGAGAAGAAGAGGACGACCAAGAAAGACUCCGGGAUUGGGGACGACGAGCCCUGUGAAACAGUUGCAACUACCUUUGCAAGAGCAAGACCAGCCGCAUAUGACUCGGGACAGACGUGAUCAAGAGCGUCCGGGGUUUGUGGUGUUUAAGCUUGCCCAGGAAUAG